GUAUGAAGCUAUUCCCUCAACCCAUCCCACUUCUCCGCGAGCUCGUACAGCUCAACCUCGGAGAUCUGUACUGUAACACGUCCGGAGCCGCUGCUAAAGCAUUCCAUCUCACAAUGGCAACUCCCCUCAAGGCGGCUAUCCUUGUCGUCUCAACAACAGCCGCCAGAGACCCAUCAACAGAUGCUUCCGAAGCUACACUGCGCAAUGUUUUCGAGCAAGACGGCGGCGGUCAUUGGACCGUGACCGAAACAAGAAUUGUGAGCGACGAAGAGGGGCAGAUACAGCAACAGAUCAAAGCCUGGACCGACGGCCCCGACCCUGUGAACCUCAUCGUCACCACCGGCGGCACCGGUUUCGCCGUUCCCGACGUCACCCCCGAAGCCGUCGCGCCUCUCCUUAGCAAACAAGCGCCUGGUCUAGUCCACGGAAUGUUGGCUGCAUCACUCGCUGUCACCCCCUUUGCCGUCAUGUCGCGGCCCGUGGCGGGCGUCAGACACAAAACUGUCAUCAUCACUCUGCCGGGAUCGCCCAAGGCAGCACGGGAGAACCUGCAGGCCGUGAACAAAACGCUACCCCAUGCCUGCCUGCAAGCGGCAGGCGCCGACUCCAGAGCGCUUCACUCUGGAGGGGUGAAAAAGCUAGAGCAAGAAGCAGGGAUCGGCUCCGCCGCCGCUGGACAACAAGCCCAACAACAACCCCCAGCCCAUCGUCACCACCACCACCAUCAUCAUCAUCAUCACCAUCACCACAGCCACGGCGGCCAUGGUACCCCAAUCCGUCACACACACACAGAUCCCAAAUCCAACGACCCAUCCAUGGGCCCAAGCCGCCGCCACCGGGCGUCGCCAUACCCCAUGCUCUCCGUGCCCGACGCCCUCUCCCUUAUAGCACAACGCACUCCGCCGCCGCAGCCCGUCCUGGCCAAGGUCUCCCCGGCGCUGGUGGGGAGCGUGCUGGCGGCGGACGUGCGCGCGGCCGAGAACGUGCCGGCUUUCCGCGCGAGCAUCGUGGACGGGUACGCCGUGGUGGUUCCUUCAGGAGGGGAUAUGCGCGGGGUGUAUCCUGUCGUGGGGGUCUCGCAUGCGGCUGGGCAGGAGGAGCAGCAGGAGUUGCGGCAAGGCGAGGUGGCGCGCAUCACGACGGGGGCGCCGCUCCCCGCGGGGGCGACGUCGGUUAUCAUGGUGGAGGAUACGGUGCUUGCGUCCCGGACUGAGGAUGGGGUUGAGGAAAAGGAGGUUGAGAUCCUUGCAGAGGGCGUCAAGGAAGGGGAGAAUAUUCGCGAAGUUGGGAGCGAUGUUCGAAAGGGGGACUUGAUCCUCUCCAAGGGCGAUCAGGUGUCUGCGGUGGGUGGGGAGAUUGGGGUGUUGGCCUCUGUCGGGGUGGGUGAGGUCCAGGUGUAUAGGCGGCCGGUGGUCGGGGUGUUGUCCACGGGGGAUGAGAUCGUGGAGCAUGACCGGCCGGAGCUGCGGUAUGGGGAGGUAAGGGAUACGAAUCGGCCUACGCUGAUAUCUGCAGCGAAAGAGGCGGGGUAUGAGGUUGUUGAUCUCGGUAUCGUGAGUGACAAGGCUGGGUCGCUGGAGGAGAGACUGCGGGAUGCGUUGCGGCGUGUGGACCUGGUCAUUACGACGGGGGGCGUGUCGAUGGGGGAGCUGGAUCUGCUCAAGCCGACGAUUGAGCGGGCGCUGGGCGGGACGAUACACUUUGGACGCGUGAACAUGAAGCCUGGGAAGCCUACGACGUUUGCGACUGUCCCGGUGAAGAAUAAUGCCGGUGAGCGGGUUGACAAGGUCAUCUUUUCAUUGCCAGGCAACCCAGCCUCGGCGCUGGUGACGUUCCACCUCUUUGUGCUCCCGUCUCUGCAUCAAAUGUCGGGCAUCUCGCCGCCUGGCCUAACAAGCGUGCCCGUGACGCUCGCCCACGAUUUCCCUCUCGACAAGUCCCGGCCUGAGUACCAUCGGGCCAUCGUCUCUGUGGGGAGUGAUGGGACCCUGUCUGCCACCAGCACCGGAGGGCAGAGGAGCUCGCGGGUCGGUAGUCUCAAGGGGGCAAAUGCUCUGCUCUGCAUGCCGAGCGGCCCGGAGCCACUACGCAAGGGAGCGAAGGUGGACGCACUGCUGAUGAGUAACAUACGGAAUGGCGCAUGAUCGGGGCGGCGGAUAAGCCAUCGGACAAAUAUAUGACAUUGGGACACCUAGUUCUGUACAGUUGAGCCUUCUACACCAUGAGAUACAAUACUAACCAUGCCAUUUG